UAUGAGAUAUAUAAUUGCAUUCUGUACAUUUUCACUUCUAACUAUUGGUGUCCUCGCAAAGCAUGUGCGAAUUAUGGGUGGCGAAGAUGUAGAUGUGAGAGCGUAUCCUUUUAUGGCCUCAUUUAGGUAUUUGGGCUAUGCCAGUACUUUUUGCACCGGUGUAAUAAUUAGUAAUAAACAUAUUGUUACAACGGCUCAAGCGCUUGCAUUUAGAUCAAUGGAUAUAAGUUUAGCUCGAGUCUAUACGGCCACAAUUUCCACUGAUAUAAAUAUUGGAAUUGCCCAUAAAAUUCAACAAAUUUUCAUUCAUCCUAGAUAUACAGGUGAACACAAUCAGGAUGAAAUGUUUCUACAUGAUAUUGCUAUUGUUAAGUUGAAAGAAGCAAUUCAAUUAAAUGAAGUUCAAAAUACCAUUGAGAUUUUACAAAGAGAUAUUACUGAGAAUGAUAGAGGAUUUGUUUUGGGAUGGGGAUCAACGUCUUUUCCAACACUUUCGUACCCAACUAAAAUGCAAAAAGUCAACAUGAAUAUUGUGCCCGAAAGACUUUAUAACAAUUAUUUCAAUUUUGUUUUGCAUGAUACUCAAUUUGGCGGAUUAAACAAAAAAGGCAUAGGCUUAUGUAUAGGUGAUAUCGGAGACCCGCUUAUUAUUGAUGGAAAACUCGCCGGUUUAGCAUCAUUUUCGCGGCCAUGUGCCCUUGGUGUACCUGAUGUAUAUGUAAAAAUUUAUUAUUACAUCGAUUUUAUAAGAGACAUGAUAAAUAGAUAAUAUAUGUUAUCUUGAUAUUACACUAUUUGUUUAAUUAUAUUUUUCGAACAUUUGCCUUGGUUAUUAUCCUAU